GCCCUGGGCCAGCCCCCGCCUUCUCAAAACCUAAUCCCUGCCCUUAAUCUCGGUAGUUUCCGCUAACUCUACCCAGAGCCACGCGGCGCGCGCAGGAGGUUCCAUUUCGGUUAACAGCCGAUACCUCCCGGGAUCCCGGGCCGUAUCCUUCCACACCCAGGGGACUGGCUCUCCCCUCCCGGCCCCGGGGAAUUGGCUCCGCAUUUCCCGGACUGCGCCUCCCGGGCCCCAGACUCGGGCUCCCGAGCCCUUGGUUUCCAGGACUCAGGCACCCCAGGUCGCCGCCUCCCGGAUCCAGGCGUCCCGGAUCUGCGCCACCAGGACCUGGCCUCUUGAAGAUCGCCGCCGAGGGGGCGCCUUCUGCAGUCAAGAACCCCAGGUUCCAGCCUGAGAAACUCCUGUAUUCCUGACGCCCAAGAAAACCCAGGGGUUCCUAUCUCCCAGCUUUGGGUCGCCGGACACAGUCUGGAAGAUCAGAGAGCCCCAGCGCCCAGCCUAGGAAUCUCAGACACUCCAGCUCACAAGGGCCAAGGAUCUUAGGGGCUGUGAACUCGUAACUCCAAGGAAUCCCGAGUUGCAGCCUCCAGGCUCUGUUACUCAGCUCAGUUCUAAGGAACGUGUACGUCCUGGGAAGAACCCCCAAGAAGCUCUCAGCUUCCGGGCGCUGAGGAGUCCCGAGGCAUCCGUCAUGGUGGCCGAUCCACCUAAGGGAAACCCCAAGGGGUUCGCGGCAGCGGAGCCCACCUCUAACGGUGUCCCGGAGUUGGUCCCUGUAAAGGAACUGGGAGGAGGUGGCUGCUGCGGUUCCCGGGACCAGGUGCUCCGCUGCCUUCGCGCCAACCUGCUGGUGCUGCUGACGGUGACGGCCGUGGUGGCGGGCGUGGCGCUGGGGCUAGGGGUGUCGGGGGCCGGUAGCGCACUAGCGCUGGGCCCCGCGCGCCUGGCGGCCUUCGCCUUCCCGGGCGAGCUGCUGCUGCGCCUGCUAAAGAUUAUCAUCUUGCCGCUGGUGGUGUGCAGCCUGAUGAGUGGCGCCGCGAGCCUGGACCCGAGCGCGCUGGGCCGCCUGGGCGCCUGGACGCUGCUCUUUUUCCUGGUCACCACACUACUAGCGUCCUCGCUCGGAGUGGGCUUGGCUCUGGCCUUGCAGCCAGGCGUCGCCUUCGUCGUCAGCAACUCCUCAUUCGGGGCCACGGACGCUGUGGAAGGGGACCCCAGCAAGGAGGUGCUCGAUUCGUUCCUGGAUCUUGUGAGAAAUGUCUUCCCCUCCAACCUGGUGUCUGCAGCCUUCCGCUCAUAUGCUACCUCCUAUGAAGAGAGAGAGAUCAACGGAACCAUGGUGAAGGUGCCUUUUGGACACGAGGUGGAGGGUAUGAACAUCCUAGGCCUGGUGGUGUUUGCCAUCGUUUUUGGCGUGGCCCUGCGGAAGCUGGGGCCUGAGGGAGAGCUGCUCAUCCACUUCUUCAAUUCCUUCAAUGAUGCCACCAUGGUGCUGGUGUCCUGGAUCAUGUGGUAUGCCCCUGUGGGCAUCUUGUUCCUGGUGGCCGGCAAGAUCGUGGAGAUGCAGGACGUGGGGAUGCUCUUCACCAUUCUCGGCAAAUACAUCCUGUGCUGCCUGAUGGGCCAUGCCAUCCAUGGGCUCCUGGUGCUGCCCCUCAUCUACUUCCUCUUCACCCGCAAAAACCCCUACCGCUUCUUGUGGGGCAUCACGACAGCGCUGGUCACUGCCUUCGGGACCUCCUCCAGCGCCGCCACGCUGCCGCUGAUGAUGAAGUGCGUGGAGGAGAGGAAUGGCGUCGCCAAGCAUAUCAGCCGCUUCAUCCUGCCCAUCGGUGCCGCCGUGAACAUGGACGGUGCCGCGCUCUUCCAACGUGUGGCCGCGGUGUUCAUUGCACAGCUCAACCACCAGUCCCUGGACUUCGUGAAGAUCAUUACCAUCCUGGUCACUGCCACAGCGUCCAGCGUGGGCGCUGCGGGCAUUCCCGCUGGAGGUGUCCUCACGCUGGCCAUCGUCCUCGAGGCAGUCGGUCUCCCAGCUCAUGACAUCUCCUUGAUCCUGGCUGUGGACUGGCUUGUAGACCGGUCUUGUACCAUCCUCAAUGUGGAAGGGGACGCCUUUGGGGCAGGACUCCUCCAGAGUUAUGUGGAUUGCACGCAGUCCCGGAGCCCGGUGCCUGAGCUAAGCCAAGCAAAGAGCGAGGGGCCCCUGGCUCUGCUGCAAGUCUCCACCGAGGAAGGGAGCCCCCUCCUCAGACCCUGUGGUGCAGGACCCGGGGGCAAUGCUGACACUUACGAGAAGGAAUCUGUCAUGUUAACUGUGAGGAGCCUUCCCUACGCUGACCAGGGGCACUUUGAACACGGGGCUCAUGAGGAAGGGUGAAUAAACGGACAAACUAGGCUCUGGGAGCCCUCCCCAUACACUCCAGGGAGCCGGGGUCUCCAGCCUGCUCCCUGACAUCAGAUCAGAGAGGUCUCAUUGCUGGGAUGAAUGUGUGUGUGUGUGUGUGUCCAGUCUCCCCAGUCCUCAGCUCCCGUCUGCACCCAAGGGUGGAAACAGCAAGAUGGAGCAGUAGUGCCCUCCAUACCCCAUCCU